UUCCUUAAGCUUACAAAGACACCAAUCUUUGUCAUUCCCAUUGCUCCAUUUGGUUCCUGAUUUCUGCUUCAUAGUGAAGAUUCUCGGCCCAGAUGGAAAAACAUCACAUCACGGAGCUGGAGCCCCGCCACUUCUCCGGGAGGACGGUGCUUCUCGCGUCCAUUGCUGGAGUGAUAAUCGGUGGUCCACUGCUCGCGUUGAUGGGAAUCAGCUUCCUCGCUACUGUGACUCUGCUCCUCGUAGCCUCACCACUGUUGUUAAUAUUCAGUCCCGUGCUGUUCGGCGCAGCGUGCGUCUUAGCUCUGGCGGUGAUCGGGUUCGCGGCUGCCGGGGCCAUGGCGGUCGCGGGAGUGUCCGCGGUUGCCUGGGUUGUCCGCUCGUUUACGAGCAGGAGAGCCGUGCAGUUCCGCAGCGGUCUCGGCGUUUCUGAUAAGUUGAUCGAGGGUGGCGAUGAGGAGGAGCAGGGGAAGGAUUGGGCAGGGUAUAUUCAGCAGAAACCGUAUCUCCCGCACGAGAACGUACUGAUCAAUAGAGGCUAGAACUUUGGGAUACUGAUCAUGAGUGCAUAGUCUACGGCAGGAACGAGAUAUAUCUGUACAUGAUGUAAUGAUGGUUCAUUUUGACUGGCUUUGUUGUUUUAGUUCUUUUAUCUUUCUUUCCUCGUAUUAGUACUAUUGUACUAUGUUUAUUUCAGAGCUGAAACAAGAACAUAAUCUGCAAGAUUCAUGUUUAUGUCA